CUAUAAAACCCAAACCUCCAGAGUCUCUCUCUGCAUCAUCAGUCUCUCUUCUUAUUACAAACACAUAGGUACACUAGGAAAAAACAUGGCGACUCUUCAAGUACCAGCAUGCGUUCCUUCUCCUGCUGAGGACUCUGAGCAGCUCAAGAAGGCUUUUGAAGGAUGGGGCACAAAUGAGGGCUUGAUCAUUUCCAUAUUGGCUCAUAGGAAUGCUGAUCAGAGAAGACUAAUUCAGCAGACUUAUGCUAAAACUUAUGGGGAGGAUCUUCUCAAGGCACUGGACAAAGAACUCACAAGUGAUUUUGAGCGCGCUUUGCUGCUAUGGACGCUGCAUCCUUCUGAGCGUGAUGCAGUUUUGGCUAAUGAGGCUACAAAGAGGUUCACUUCAAGCAAUUGGGUUCUCAUGGAAAUAGCUUGUUCCAGAUCUUCACAUGAACUACACCUGGUAAAGCAGGCUUACCAUGCUAAGUUCAAGAAAUCCCUUGAAGAGGAUGUUGCAUUUCAUACGUCUGGAGACUUCCGCAAGCUUUUGGUACCUCUUGUGAGUGCUUUCCGAUAUGAAGGAGAUGAAGUGAAUGUUACAGUGGCAAAAAGAGAAGCUAAGAUACUUCAUGAGAAAAUUAAGGACAAACACUACAAUGAUGAGGAGCUCAUCAGGAUCAUCAGUACCAGAAGUAAGGCACAGCUGAACGCUACUUUCAAUCAGUACAACAAUGAGUUUGGAAAUGCCAUUACCAAGGAUUUGAAGGCUGAUAAGGAUGAUGAAUUCCUCAAAUUACUGAGAGCAACUGCCAAACUCUUGACCUUCCCUGAGAAGUACUUUGAGAAGCUUCUGCGUCUGUGUAUCAACAAGCUCGGGACAGAUGAAGGUGCGCUUACUAGAGUUAUUACCACCAGGGCAGAGGUUGACCUGCAUCGCAUUAAGGAAGAAUACCAGCGCAGAAACAGUGUUACUCUGGGCCAUGCAAUUCAAAAAGACACUAGAGGAGACUAUGAGAAGCUGCUUCUGGAACUUAUUGGACAUGCAGAUGCCUGAGGUUUGCUACUAAUCCCACAAUAAAGAUGAACACAGUUUAAGUUAUUUGCCAUUGACUCUUCUUUGCUUGAAUGCAUUUUUUUUAUGGUUGUGUGUACCUUGUUCUAUUUACCUUGCUGGUCUGGCAACAGUACAAUUAUGGAUUGAGUUGGUGUUGUUUAUGGAUUGAGUUCCUGCAUAUUGGAGUUACUUUGAGUUCUAUAUGCUAA